UGUGGGCAAGACGGACGCAAAUGCCGGAGAAGUGCGUAUCGGAACUAUUCCUACUCCACAAUCCCUGUGUUUACAUUUCAUUCAACUUUCCUUUUUUUAUAUGAGAACGUCUUAAAACUGACUCGCUGAAGAGAAACUAAGUUUCCAUUCACUAUAUGGCACAGGCGUGAGUAAGUGUGCUCUGAAGAUGACAGCCAAACAGAAGUGGGUGGCCCUGAAGGACCAUGUCGCCACCCCCCUGGAGGAGACCCAGACAGACGGCAACCUGGAGAAUGCCGACCCGGAGCUGUGCAUCCGGCUGCUGCAGAUCCCCACCGUGGUCAACUACUCGGGCCUGAAGCGUCGGCUGGAGGCCAGCGACAGCGCCUGGAUGACCCAGUUCCUGGAGCUGAGCGGCCUGGACCUGCUCCUGGAGGCCCUGGACCGGCUGUCUGGGCGGGGCUGCGCCCGCAUCUCCGACGCCCUCCUGCAGCUGACCUGCGUCGGCUGCGUGCGUGCGGUCAUGAACUCCUCCGCGGGCAUCCACUUCAUCGUGGACAACGAGGGCGGAUAUGUUCGCAAGCUGUCUCAAGCUCUGGACACUUCUAACACCAUGGUCAAGAAGCAAGUGUUUGACCUCCUGGCUGCCCUUUGCAUGUUCUCUGGAGAUGGCCACAGCCUUGCCUUGGAUGCCCUGGAGCACUACAAGAGUGUGAAGACCCAGCAGUACCGCUUCAGCGUCAUCAUGAAUGAGCUUCAGGCCACGGACAACGUGUCGUACAUGGUCACCCUCCUCAGUGUGGUCAAUACCCUCAUCUUCGGCGCUGAGGACCUCAGGAGGAGAGACAGGCUGCGCAAGGAGUUCAUUGGGCUACAGUUACUGGAUAUACUUCCAAAAUUAAGGGAGCUGGAGGAGGAGGACCUGGUUAUCCAAUGUGAGGCGUUCGAGGAGACAAUGGCCGAGGAUGAGGAGGAGCUCCAGAGGAUCUAUGGGGGCAUUGACAUGAGCAGCCACCAGGAGGUGUUCUCUGCCGUCUUCACCAAAGUGAGCAGCUCUCCCUCCUCUCUCCAGCUGCUGUCCAUCCUGCAGGCCCUAAUGCAGCUGGGUCCAGACCAGGCUGAGAUGUGGCAGGCACUGGAGGCCCUUACCACCAGGGCCACACUGCUGGCCCAAGAAGCUGCAGUGGAAAGUGUUGACAGCGUCAUGGAGCGGCUGGUUUCUUCCAAGGCGAAGGCGGGGUCCAGCGGCCAGCAGUCUCCGGACCGCGGGCUGAAGAGGACGAACAGGGCCGUGCAAACGGACCCAGCGGACAGCGAGCCACGGGCAAGCCCAGGCUCUGUCACUCAGCCAUGCCAGUCUUCUACUGUGGCGUCUCCCACCCCAGUGCCUCCUCCUCCUCCUCCUCCUCCUCCUCCUCCACCUCUUCCUUCAGCCAUUAUGGGAGGCUCGCCCCUGCCCCCACCAGCCCCACCCCUGCCGUCCACAGCGCAUGGAGUUCCCCCGCCCCCUCCACCCUUGCCUGGAUUGGUGCCCCCACCCCCACCACCUCCACCCUUGCCUGGAUUCGGGCCCCCGCCUCCUCCUCCUCUGGCUGGACUCUUCGGUGUCCCACCACCACCUCCUCCACCACCCCCCAUGCCAGGAGUGGCUGGCGGAGGACCCCCGCCACCACCGCCGCUCCCUGGCAUGCCCCCACCGCCCCCUCCUCCCCCAGGCAUGGAAACCAUAAUAGUGGCAAAGACCAGUCAAUCACUGGGGUGCUCCUAUGGCUCCACCCACAAAGCAGGCCGCUGUCCCACACAUCGAAUGAAGAAGCUCAACUGGCAGAAACUCCCACCCAGAGCUGUGUCCAGCAGCCAUUCAAUGUGGAUGUCGGUGCAGACGGACAGUCCCAUGGAGCCGGACUACUCCAGCAUCGAGCAGCUCUUCUGCCUGCCCCAGGUGGAUCCCAAGAGCAAGAGCACGACUGCUCCGGCCAAGAAGGAACCCAAAGAGAUAUCUUUCAUUGAUGCCAAGAAAAACAUGAACUUAAAUAUAUUCCUGAAGCAGUUCAGAUGUUCAAAUGAGGAGUUUGUGGCCAUGGUGGUGGGUGGGGACCGCUCCAAGUUUGAUGUGGAGGUGCUGAAACAGCUUCAGAAGCUUCUACCAGAAAAACAUGAGACUGAGAACCUGACGUCGUUCCAAGGGGAGCGAGAGAAACUGGCUAAUGCUGACCAGUUCUACCUUCUUCUCCUCGCUGUGCCAUGUUAUUCUCUGAGGAUAGAGUGCAUGUUGCUGUGUGAGGAGAUUGCCUGUGUGCUGGAGAUGCUGAGGCCCAAAGUGGAGCUGGUGGCCCAGGCGUGCGACGGCGUGAGACAAAGUGUUCGCCUGUCCCGUUUCUGUAAGCUGAUACUUGACGUUGGGAACUUUCUCAACUACGGAAGCCACACAGGAAAUGCUGAGGGGUUCAGAAUCAGCACCCUGCUAAAGCUAACUGAAACCAAGGCCAACAAAUCCCGUAUCACCCUCCUUCAUCACAUCCUGGAGGAGGCAGAACAGAACCACGCAGACCUGCUGAACCUCCCUGAUGACAUUGAGAUUUGUGAAAAGGCAGCAGGAGUGAACCUGGACUCCAUCCAAUCAGAAGCCAACUCCCUCUCUCUACGCCUGAAGAACAUUGAAAAUAAGGUGUCCUCAUCUGUGGAGGACAUCAAACAGCAGUACAUGAGUGCUAUUCAGGGGAAUAUGGAAUCCUGCAAUGACCUGGAGAAGCAGUUUGCUGUGAUUGAGGAGAAGAAGACUGACCUGGCUCAGUAUCUGUGUGAGGAUGCAUCCACCCUCAAAUUGGAGGACCUCUUUGGCACAAUCAGGACAUUUCGUGGGCUCUUCCUCAAGGCCCUCAAGGAGAACAAGAGCCGCAGGGAACAGGCCGUCAGGAUGGAGCUGAGGCAGAAGCGCCAGGCCGAAGAAGAGGCCAAGAGACAGACAGAAGGCGGAGUGAUCAAGCGAAAGAUCCCCCCGCCGCAGGAAGAAGGCUGCAUAAUUGACAACCUGCUGGCGGACAUCCGGAAGGGCUAUCAGCUGCGAAAGACGAGACCCAAGAGCAAAUUGGAAAGUCCCUUCGCUAUAGAAGUACGAAGGGAUGACGCGCAUACCAGACUAAGCGAUGUGCCUGAAAUUAACACAGACACUGGACACACCCAUACUGUUGAGGCUGUGGCCAAGGAUGGGUCGGUCAGUACAGGCCAAGAGGCACCAGCCACUCCUGUCAGGAGCAUCUGUGAUGUGCCUGACAGUAAUUCAGCAAACACUGCCCCCUCACCGCCCAGCUUGGACGUGACCUCCACCACGGACGAGGAAAACUCAGAAAAACCCCAAUCCUUUCAGAGUACGAAAAAGAAUGGCGGGGAAGUGUCUACAGGACAAAGCGAAGUGCCUGAAAUAAACACAAGAGCUUCAGGCACUGUGGUCACCCAGCCACUUGGCCACACCAGUGCUGUUGAAGGUGUGGUUGAGGAUGGGUCCUCCAGUACUGGCCAAGAGGCACCAGCCCCUCCUGUCAAGAGCAUCUGUGAUGUGCCUGACUGGAACUCAGCAGACUCCGCCCACUCCUUGUCCAGCCCAGACGUGACCUCCACCACAGAUGAGGAAAACUCUGAAAAACCCAAAUCCUUCCAGAAUACGAAAACGAACAGUGGGGAAGGACAAAGCAGUGCACCUGAAAUAGAAACAAAGGCUUCAGACAUUGGAGUCUCUCAGCCCCCUGGCCUCACCAAUGCUGUUGAAGGUGUGGUCAAGGAUGGGUCCUCCAGUACAGACCGAGAGGCACCAGCCUGUCCUGUCAGGAGCAUCUGUGAUGUGCCUGAUGGGAAUUCAGCAGAUUCCGCCCCUUCACCACCCAACCCGGACAUGAUCUCCACCACAGACGAGGAGAAGUCCAAAAAAAAAUCCAGAUCCUUUCAUAUCAAAAAGACCAAAACGAAUCUUGGGGAAGGUAAGUGUUUCAGCAGUGUGCAGCCCACUAUCUAUACAGCCCACUUUCCAACAUGCCAUCUUCUUUUUAUUUAGGAUAUUAUGUGUCUAAUAGGCUAGGAAAACACACAAAACACCACAAGGUUUUAACAACAACAACAACAAUAAUAAUAAUAAUAAUAAUAAUAAUAAUAAAAUCAUUAUUAUUCAUAUAGCACAUUUCAAAAUAGAGUCACUAAGUGCUUUACACAAAAAAUAAUAAAAAAUGUAUUUAAUAAAAUACAAGCAGAGAAUAAUAUUUUAAAAAAGCAAAGAUGAAUAAAUACUAAAAGAGAGAAUUAAAAGCAAUCAAAAAGCAGCAUAAAACCAGAAACAAACUAGUCAAAUGCUAAUGCAAGGGCCGACCACAGCCGAUGACGCACACACCAGGCAGACGGUACCCCGAUGCUCCCUCCCACCCCCCUGCUAUUGUCAGCCAAUCGCCAGCUUGGUGUAUUCCCGACUUCAGAAUUUAGUUGGGACUUCGGAACAGUCAAGAGGGCCCUCCCUGAGAAUCUAGGACUGCACACGGACACAUACAGGGUUAGAAGGUCAGGGAUGUAGCUGGGGACCAGACCAUGAACAGCUUUAAAAGUAAUGUGUGAAAUCUUAAAAUCAAAUCUAAAAUGUACCAACAACCAAUGGAGAAAGGCUAAAAUAGGGGUGUUAUGGUGCCAGCUUUCGGUUUUUGUCAAAGGCGUUUUGGUCAACUUGAAGAGUAUAAUAGUUUCAGUGUCUAUAAAAUUCAGGACCUUCUCUAUACUCCUUAAUUGACCAUACAUGAUUGAAUUAGCCUUUUGUAAUGUGACACAAAAUCAAAUCAGGAUCAAACAUGGUGGAUUUUUAGCUACCAAUUGUUAAUGGAGGUUUAUCGGAUCAAGCACAGACUGUAUGUUUUCUAUAAUUUGCUUAGGGUCAAUAGCAAGACACUACCAGAUAGUUGUUUAUUAUUUACUUAUGUAACCUAUGUAAAUUAUAUCAGACUUCUUCAUUGUGUAAGCUGUAACAUUUCACUGUCCAUUUACAAACAUCAACCUUUCUAUUAUGCAAAGAUUAAGCUCCCUUCUUUGAUGGCCACCAUUAGUCAUUUGAUCAGCACUUCAAGGUCAAGUCACAUAUGCCUGAAAAUAUACCCCAGUCUCUUUUCUGAAGUUUCUGCAAGCCGCUAUAAUGUGGCAUUUCACUGAGGUCCUCAGUCAUUCUAGUCCUGCUGAGCUUCAUUGCCCCCUUGGUAAUGGGUGAGCUUUGGACCAGAAGAACAUGUUCCGUUACGUAUGAACCACAUAGAAGCAGAGUCGUUUAGUCUUUUUUUUCCCCCUCUAAUUUUCUGAAAGCAGACGAUGGCAAAAGGAAAGGACGCAGGGGUCAUAAAAAGAGUUGUGCUUUGCAGUGAGGUAGGUUGGGGGUCCCAUGCGGGACCCCUGGGUGGCGGGUCUACUAAAUAAUUUUGUCUUCGAUCUAACCCAUGUCAGUUUCACUGUUUGUUUGUUCCUUUGUGUGUUUGACUCACUCCUUAAAUUAACCUCUCAUCUUCAUAACCAGGUUUAGAGUUGAUUCCAUUUCAGUUAAAUUAACUCAAAUUAAAUGAAUGGCUUUAAACAAUUACUAUAAUUUUCUCGGGAUUUUUUAAUUAAUUAACUGAUUUGAAAUGGAAUUAGCCUCGACACUACUCCCAAAAAUAACACAAUAUUGGCACUUGGCACCUCAGAUGAGUGAAUUGCAUUGUGGGCAUGUGUAUUGUCACUUACGGGUGUCUUUGUGGGUCGAGUGUGUCCGUCACCUUCAGCUGUGGAAUGACUAAUUAUGAUUGCACCACUGAAUCCCCAUGACCACAGAAGGUAAGCAGAUACAAAUCCCUUGAAGGCUGGAAGACCUGACAAAAGGAAGUUUGCCCCUCUCACAGUAGUACUUUAGGAAGGUUCAGAUUAGAAUAUGUGUCUUCUAAGGUACGUUCAGACGAAUUAUGCUGAUUUUGAGGUGUCCCUCGUUUCCGGUCCCC